GCUAGUAUGUGUGUGUGUGUGUGAUAAUUUUUGUAUGACUACAAUCUUGAAGCUUGCCUCUUUGUUACAUUACCUGAGCAGCACCUAGAAAGGAAAUAAUGAUGUCUAUGUGGUUUAAAGUCCUGCUCCCUGAGUACAUGGUAAUUGGACUUGGUGAGAGUUCAAAUGAUGUUCUUGCUGCUGGUAGAAGCUUCACUCACUAUCGCCCGUAUGUUUUCCUCUUUCUGAAAAGGAAAGUCUCGCUCAUUCACUGCACUACUCACUUCACUCUCAUUCACCAGCUCUCCACGUGCCUUGGGACUCUCUUCUCUUUGGUACUUUCUGCCUGGCAUUCGACUCCAAUACACCUCUCCGUUCUCUUCAUCUUCCUAUUUCUCUUGAUUACUUUCAUCCUCAUGUCUCCCUCACCUGACGCGGCAGGCUCAUAAUGAGACUCCGCGAGAACAUCCGCCUGCCCAACCGCCUCAACGAAGAGGCGCACACUUGCACGACCCCAAGAAGAGCGCCACGUCGAGCCAUCAGUUCCUAUCAGUGUAGGGCCGA